CAAGUGGAAGCGUUUUUUGGGCAGUGAGAGCGCGAUCUGUUUUGUGAUGAAAGCCGCGGUUUGAACUGAGACUAAGAUGAGUUCGCCGGUUAGGGAGAUUGAGGUUAACGUGGUUUCCAGUCCGGAGUCCAGCAGGAACGCUAGCCCGGAACCGGACAAUUUCCGGUUGAUCAACCAGCUGGCCACGUCGAACAUCACGUGUUUUCCGGUGAUCAAAAGUGGCGAGAAGACUGAUGAUAAGGAUGGUGUGAAGCAGAAGGGGUCCAGUGGGUCCACGAAUUUCUCGAUUAGCAGUAUCUUGUCGAGGACGGAGCCGGCGUUGAAGAAGAAUGGUUUUUUUCCGGGUGUUGAGAGGAGUUUGGCGGCGGAUGCCGAUGGGAGUAUGUUGUCAAGAUUGGGCCUUAUGUCACAUUUUGGCGCCUUGGCCGCAGCUAGUAGUAGAUAUGCUGCUCUUUGUGGAAAUCCAACAGACCCAAGGACGUUACCUUGGUACUGGGGAAGGCUUCCAUCACAUAUACAGGAGAAAUGUAGUUCUAACGGUGGAUCUAUCAAUGACGAACAAACCCCACCCACUUCACCAAGACGAGAAGAAGACAACAACGGAAGAAAUAACACAGAAACAAGCAGGUCACCUAGAGCAUCAACUCCUUCAGACAACCACAGGUCACCCCCCUCUAGUCCACAUCAAAACGUGAUGCCAACUCCUCACCCAGCCUUCCUAGACCAGAGUUAUGUAAAUAUGAGAUCCAAAAGCCCCUACAGAGAAACCGAUAACAUGACCAUAGACGAGGAGAUGGAAGAAGAAGAAAGUGACUACGAUAACGACAAAGAUAAAAAAGUUCAAAACUCUAGUCUCAGCCCUGGAGGCUCCAUGGCCAACAAAAGGAAGAAGAAGACGCGUACAGUCUUCUCCAGGUCGCAAGUGUUUCAACUGGAAUCAACGUUCGAUAUGAAGAGGUAUCUUUCGUCAUCAGAGAGAGCAGGAUUGGCUGCUAGUUUACACCUAACAGAGACCCAGGUGAAGAUCUGGUUCCAAAACAGGAGAAACAAGUGGAAGAGGCAGCUAGCUGCUGAGUUGGAAGCUGCAAACAUGGCGCAUGCAGCUCAGAGACUAGUCAGAGUUCCAAUUUUAUACCAUGAGUCAGCCAAUUCGUCUAUCAGGCAUCCUUUCGACCAAACGCAUCCCUUAUCAUUGCAUCACCCUCUGGACCCUUCUAGGGAAGGUGGUAGCUCUGGAGCAACUUCAGUUGGCAGUACUGGAGGCUAUCCCAGUUCUCUUUACUACCACCACCAAGCAGUGGCAGCUGCAGUUCACAAUUUACCUUCUAGUCCAGUCAGACCACCGAUGUCAGGUCUGGUUUGAAGAUUUUCAGUGUAAGUUCUCGGGUUUUGUGCAAAAUGGGCUUUCGUGUUGUACAUCUCAGGAUUUAUUGGUGAAUUCUAGAAACGAAGAAGCCCCAAUGCUUCGUUUACCUAUGAAAAAACUUGGACGUGCAAAGCAUAGACACGGAUUUUGUAAAUAGUGCAUAUUUGUAUUUAUAUAUUUAUUUUAAUUGUACGUAGUAAAUUGUAAAUAGAGGCAUAAUUUUCGAAUGCUACCGCAGUUACCUUCAAGCCAAAAACUAACUUAAGUAUCUAUGUUCGUUGUAAUUAGUAGCAGACUG